AUUGCGUCUACACUAGGUUUUCUUCCUUUCAUUUGGAUAGUGGAAAAUUUCUUAACAAAACCCACUCCGUCCGCUUUGGAUGAAAUGACUUGCUAUAAAAUUCUCAACGAUGACUUCGCGUACGAUGGAAUUACUUACUUGGAUGGAGACCGAUCUUCUAAAACACAGAUUCCAAUAAAAAUAACCAAUGGGUAAGACUCACUACGAGCACAAUGAACUCCAAAUAUCUAACCCAGAUAAAGCAUUAAUGUUACGGAUGUCAAUGAACAGUAGUCUCUGAUAUAUCAAUAGCUGACGAGGUUAGACUACGUGCUAAAUUCCGUAUUCAAAAUAUUAGCGAACCGAAACAAACUGAGUUUCUAUAAUUUAUGAUAAAAUCCAAUGAGGCAGUCUAUGGACUCUUACGUGUUCGAAGCGAGGAAUCUCGCUGUGAAUCAACGGAUAUGGAAAUAGGUUUAAGUCACGUCAACCCAACGAAUAUACGAACGAACUAUUUUAAGAGAGGGGGGUUUUAUAUUCCACACAAAAAAUGGAAAUCCACCAAACUUCAUUUCGAGUUUUGAAUGAGUGCCAACUCAUAAGAAGAACGACUAGAGUGAAGAGCACUGAGGCGUAAAUUGAAUGGAUCAAGUCAUGCUUCAACUGUUAGCUUGUGUUCUCCUUCAUUAUUCGUUGAUCUGGAGCGCAAUGACUCAAUAUAUCUACAUCACUAAAGGUUAUCAGUCAUUAUCAUGAGUCGACGUUUUGGCGCUCUUCGACACUUUCGGAAGUAGAUAGACGCGCUCUUUAUCAGUUAACAACACGCCUCUCCCAGCCAAUUCAUAUACAUGGUGUAUGAACUCAAUAAAUGUAAGCAAGUAUGUACAUGUGUGUGUGUCAACCUACAUUUGCGAGGUGUCUUCUACGGAGACUACUAACUGCUAAUAAAGACUACAAAAGCUUCUACGUUGGCAUUUUGCGAGAACCUCCAUAAUACUCACCUACCUGUCCACCAACUCAGCAGUUACUGACUUGCUUGGGUAUUAAAGCGGCAGCACUACCGGAAAAAGCAGUUCCAACAUUUUGCUUAGUACGACAACAGCGUCGUGGCGAGAAUACCAUACGUGUGUUAACGCGCGCAAAGAGUAACAGCCGUUCAAAAACCGUAUAGCAGCAAUAGUAACAACAACAAUAAAACUAUGUAGUGAGUUGUGUGUGUGAACAAAAGCCAUAAUCACGUUUAAGCCAGACUACAAAAUGACCGAGUUUAUGGAGGUACACGUACAGACAAAUCGAAAUCGCCGGGUUCCCAGAAGCAUCGACACCCGACAGGAGAUCUUUGGCAAUAGCGAUGCACGCGACAGGCAUAGAAAAUUGGAUUUAUUUCGCGAUAUGAUCGGUGCCAGUGUCAAUUUGGCGCUACGUGAUAAAUCCUGUUGUAUGGAUAUAAAUUUCUUAAAUCGUUUCUUAUAUGCGAAGAAAUUCGAUUGCGAAGCCGCUUUAGAUUUACUCAUUAAAUAUUUAUUAUUCAAAGAGCAUAAUAAGCAUAUUUUACAAAAACUCAGUAUUUUCGAUGAAAACAUACAAACAUCCUUAAGAGAUGGCAAUCCGUCCGUAUUGAAGCAGCGCGAUCGUAAGGGUCGGAAAGUGCUGACUUUCGCUGCUGCCAAUUGGGAUACCAAUAAAUACAGCAUGGAGGAUGUGUUCCGUGCGAUGCUCUUAUCUUUGGAUAAAUUACUGGAGAAUGUGGAGAAUCAGGCAUUGGGAUUCGUGGUGAUCGUCGAUUGGACGAACUUCACAUAUAAACAAUCGAAGCAUAUAUCGGCGAAAACGCUUAAGUUGAUGAUUGAAUGUUUGCAGGAUUGCAUGCCGGCAAAAUUCAAGGGCAUACAUUUUAUCGGUCAACCUUGGUAUGUGGAUGUGAUGUUAAAAGUAAUAAAACCCUUUUUAAAUGAGAAAAUAAAGCGACGCCUACUGGUACAUGGCACCAAUUUGACCAGCUUACAUAAUAUGGUCAGUAAAGAUAUUUUACCACCGGAUUUGGGUGGCGAAGGUCCGGCCAUUAAUACAUUGGACUGGUAUCAUUAUCUGUUGGAGUCAAGUCAGAAUUCGGAACUGAAAAAGUCCUAUAGACUUAUUGAAGCGACUGUAUAUGCCAAAACGGCAGAUUGGCAGAAACCGGUAGCAAUUACAAAUGGCGCGCAAAAAAUCGAAUCGAAUGGAAGUUUAGUUAAUAUUAAACAAAUCUCAUGACAAUGUAGACUUUUAGUUUUUAUAAUAAAUAUUUUUAGUGAUGCACUUGACUUUCAAUGUGUAUCAAAAUGUGUUUGUAUGUACUUGUAGAACUAUGUAUUUCCAUUAUUUUUUAUGUUUAUCGCAUUCAUUAUUAUCUUUAGUUUAUUUUUUAGUUUAUGAGUACACAAUUGUACGCGAUAAUAUAUUGAUUUAUGUUUGAAUGCAACA